UCGUAGCAACAUAGCUAAACACCAAACAAACUAGUCAUCAUGAAAGCUGCCAUCAUCUUCGCCUGCCUUUUGGCUGUUGCCUUCGCUCGCCCCGAAGCCUCUAUCGUCCGUCAGGAUUCCGAUGUGCAACCCGAAGGUUACAAAUUCGAUUUCGAAACCAGCGAUGGAACCAAACACGCUUCAGAUGGUCAGUUGAAGGACAUUGGCUCAGACCACGAAGCUAUUGUUGUGCGCGGCAGCUACUCGUGGGUGGAUGAGAAGACUGGCGAAAAAUUCACUCUCAACUAUAUUGCUGACGAGAAUGGUUUCCAGCCACAAGGCGCUCACUUGCCCGUUGCCCCAGUUGCUUAAGUUGUUUUGGAGUCGUUGAAAAGAAGUUAAUAGUUAUUAGAUGUUAGAGUUUUUUUUAUUGA